UGAUGCUGAUUAUCAAAGAAGAAGAAAUCCACAGCUGUAGUUUUCGCUGGAGUGCUUGAAAAUGGAGCAUAGUAACGUUAGUUUUGAUAGUUUAAUUCUAAAGCUUCACGAUGUCGAGGCAGUCAAAUUUGGGACUUUCAAGCUGAAGAGUGGAAUUAUGUCUCCGAUUUAUUUUGAUCUCAGGGUUAUUGUUUCUUAUCCAUCUCUCAUGAAUGAGGUGUCAAGUCUUUUGUUCCUGCGUGCCAAAGAAGCGGGAGUGAUUUUUAAUUCCGUGUGUGGUGUCCCGUAUACUGCACUCCCACUGGCCACCAUAAUCUGUUCGCAGAAUAAUUUGCCAAUGCUCAUUAGAAGAAAAGAGGCCAAGGAUUAUGGAACUGGGCGCAUGAUCGAGGGCACCAUUCACCCUGGUGAAACAUGUCUGAUCGUGGAGGACGUAGUGACCAGUGGCAGCAGUGUGUUUGAGACAGCUGAGGUGCUUGAGAAGGAGGGCCUUAAAGUCACAGAUGCAAUCGUGCUCAUGGACCGUGAGCAGGGAGGUCGGGCCAAGCUCGCCAAGGACGGCAUCACACUCCAUUCAGUCAUCUCCAUCUCCAAACUCUUAGAUGUGCUGCUGGAGAAUGGUCGGAUCGAUGAGGAUGUUGCCCAGAGUGUCCGCACCUUCAUUCAGGAAAAUAACACCUACAAACCCACAAAGGAGAACGGUUCUCCGGCAGCCAAAAAGCCAUGCAAGGGCCUCAGCUAUGAGGCCAGGGCCCAACUCCCACACGUCCACCCAAUGGCCUGUCAGCUGCUGAAACUGAUGGCGGAGAAGCAGAGCAACCUGUGCGCGUCGGCUGAUGUGACAGACGCUAAGGAGCUCCUGGAGGUGGCCGACGCUCUGGGCCCGCACAUCUGCAUGCUGAAGACCCAUGUGGACAUCCUGCACAACUUCACCCCGGACGUCACCAGCCAGCUCAGCAAGCUAGCUGCCAAGCACAGCUUCCUCAUCUUCGAGGACCGAAAAUUUGCAGAUAUCGGCAAUACAGUCAAGCAUCAGUAUGAAGGUGGACUUUAUCAGAUUGCGUCCUGGUCCAACAUCAUCAAUGCCCAUGCCGUGCCUGGCUCAGGGGUGGUGAAGGGGCUUGAAGCAGUGGGCAAGCCACUGGGCCGUGGUUGUCUUCUUAUUGCUGAAAUGAGCUCUCAAGGUUCCCUAGCAACAGGGGCAUACACUCAAGCUGUGGUGAAGAUGGCAGAGGACCAUGCUGACUUUGUGUUUGGAUUUAUCUGUGGCUCGAGAAUCAGCAGUAAACCAGAAUUCAUCAAUAUGACCCCAGGAGUGCACAUGCAGUCAGCAGGUGAUUCCCUUGGACAACAGUACAACAGCCCUGAAGACGUGAUUCUCAAAAAGGGCUCUGAUGUCAUCAUUGUUGGACGAGGUAUCCUGGCUGCUCCAGAUCGGGUGAAGGCUGCUGAUGCCUACAGAAAAGCAGGAUGGGAGGCUUACAUGCGCAGACUCUCUCUGACCAACUGACUUGCCAAUCAGUUGUCCAAAUGUUACAUUUCCGAUCCAGCCUUUUUUUUUAGGGCACACAUUAUUUUACUAGCGGCUAGGCUUGUUCUUUACAUUUUCUGUGUGUAUACUGCUUUGGAUUUUUGAGCAUCACCUUCACAACAAAACCACUAAUGGAGAUGUUGACAUUGCAAUUGUUUGGACCAUAUUUCACCACAAAAAUACCCUACUCAGGUCUGACAUAACCAGGGUAGCCUUUGGCCUGAAUUCCAUUCCCUCCACCUUGUUGUUUACUACUUCAUGGGAAAAAGGACUUACUUCAGAUUACUCCCUCCACUUACUGUGUUUUGAUUUCUAUUGCACUAAAUACUGAUGAAUUCAAUGGAGUGUACCAUUCAACUGUUUCUCAAAUAAAAGGAUGUUUUUCGUUUUUAUUAUUAUUAAAAAUGGUAUACUACUAUGCA